GACGAGGAGUCGACGACCCCAGUGUGCGAGGGACCAAGGCUGACGACGAGCGAGCGAGCGAGCGAGAGAGAGUGCGAAUUGCUCUUGCCGCUUCUUCUCCCCCAUCACGCAAACGAGCCAUCCUCUCGCGCGGCCUUUUCUCCAACAGAUUUCGUCCCGAUCCCUGCGGAGGGGACGCUGCCGAGUGCCGGAGUGCGUACGCUGGGGAAGCCAGCCCCCCACCUGUCUAGCUCCAGAAGCCUUCGAGAGAGAGAGUGUGUGUGUGGUGUGAAGUUAGGUGAGGUGAGGCGAGCGAUAGAGCGAGGAGAGAGCACGCAGCGGCGGUCGCGCCGCGCGCCUGCAUAAGCGAGGGGCCCGUGUGUCUUCCUCGGCGGCACAAUCUCGAGGAGAGAGAGAGAGGCGUGAAGAUGGCUGAGGUGAAGCCGGAGGAGAUCAGCCAUCCGCCCAUGGAGCAACUGCAGGGGUUCGAGUACUGCAUCGACUCCAACCCUCCCUGGGGGGAAGCGAUCAUCCUGGGCUUCCAGCACUACAUCCUGGCGCUGGGCACUGCGGUGAUGAUCCCGGCGGUGCUGGUGCCCAUGAUGGGCGGGAGCGAUGGGGACAGGGUAAGGGUGGUGCAGACGCUGCUCUUCGUCACCGGCAUAAACACGCUGCUGCAGUCGCUGUUCGGGACGCGCCUGCCGACGGUGAUCGGCGGCUCCUACGCGUUCGUGGUCCCGAUAAUGGCCAUCAUACAGGACUCCUCGCUCGCCGCCAUACCCGACGACCACGAGAGGUUCCUCCAGACCAUGAGGGCGAUACAGGGGGCGCUCAUUGUAUCCUCCAGCAUUCAGAUCAUCCUUGGCUACAGCCAGCUGUGGGGCAUUUUCUCCAGAUUCUUCAGCCCGUUGGGGAUGGCGCCAGUGGUUGCAUUACUCGGGUUUGGCCUUUUCGAAAGAGGAUUCCCUGUGGUUGGGAGAUGCGUUGAGGUUGGCCUUCCAAUGUUAAUCCUGUUUGUCGUGCUUUCUCAGUAUCUGAAGAAUGUACAGAUAAGAGAUAUUCCAAUCCUGGAGAGGUUCUCCCUGUUCAUUUGUAUCGCAUUGGUCUGGGCCUACGCUCAAAUCCUCACUGCAGGUGGUGCGUAUAAGCAUAGCCCUGAGGUCACUCAGAUUAACUGCCGCACUGACCGUGCCAAUCUGAUCUCUUCCGCACCAUGGAUUAAGAUCCCUUUUCCACUACAAUGGGGGGCACCAACCUUCAGUGCCGGUCAAUCCUUUGGUAUGGUAUCUGCCGUUCUGGUCUCGCUAGUAGAGUCCACGGCUUCUUACAAAGCUGCGGCUCGGCUUGCAAGUGCAACUCCACCUCCAGCACAUAUCCUCAGUAGAGGCAUUGGGUGGCAGGGCAUUGGUAUCCUUCUUGAUGGGUUAUUUGGAACGGGCACUGGCUCCACCGUGUCAGUGGAGAAUGUCGGGUUAUUAGGAUCAACGAGGAUUGGAAGCCGAAGAGUUAUACAGAUCUCUGCCGGCUUCAUGAUCUUUUUCUCCAUGCUAGGAAAAUUCGGAGCACUAUUUGCUUCCAUCCCAUUCACGAUCUUUGCUGCCGUGUACUGCGUCUUGUUUGGACUAGUUGCGGCAGUGGGGCUCUCCUUCUUGCAGUUCACUAACAUGAACUCCAUGCGCAACCUCUUUAUCGUCGGUGUCUCCAUCUUUCUUGGCCUAUCUGUGCCCGAAUACUUUUUCCGGUACAGCAUGGCUGCUCAACGUGGUCCUGCCCAUACAAAAGCUGGAUGGUUCAACGACUACAUCAACACCAUCUUCUCGUCGCCUCCGACGGUUGGACUGAUCGUGGCCGUCUUCCUGGACAACACGCUGGAGGUGAAAAACGCGGGCAAGGACCGGGGGAUGCCAUGGUGGUGUACGUUCCGGUCGUUCAAGGGGGACGCCAGGAGCGAGGAGUUCUACAGCUUGCCCUUCAACCUCAACCGCUUCUUCCCUCCGUCUUAAAACCGGAACGAUCUAAAAAUCGUCGCUGAUGCGAUCGAUCGUUUGCGUCUGUCAGAAAGAACUCAGAAUGCUGAGCAGAGGCAAUGUAGAUGUUUCUAGCUGGCCAUUAUUUCAUUCGU